AAUGGCUGCACACGCAUUCCUCCUCUGCUCCCUCGCCUUGGUCUCCGCUCUCAGCCGGCCCGGCCUCUCCUUCACUGAGGAAGAGCUGCAGCCGGGACUCAUCUAUGACGAAGUGCCUGAAAUCCUGGACAGAAGCAAAGAAAACCCCAAACAAGCAACAAGAGUCACGUCAAGUCAAGACAGCGAGUACGGUCUAGAAAGCGAAGAGGUCAUUUUGACGCCCGAAGAUGAAAACCCACUCAGGAGAAUACUGCAGCCUUUUAAGUGGCAUCAGCCGGGGAUGACUCACAGUAAGAGGAAGCUUCUCCAGUCUCUGAUGGGGCCUUACGGGCCUCUGAGUGUGUCUUACAACGGGAAGACCUGCAUUCUGUUCAAGGCAAAGCGGCUGGCGAUCCGCUACAGGAACCACACCUUCAUUGAUCUGACGGAGAGGGUUUUUAACUCCAACUCCCCGGUCGACACCAAAGGCUCCGUCUGCACCAAGGAGAAAGCGACACUCUCGUUGCGGUUCGGCGACGUGGAGGAUUUGCGAGGUCUAGUAAUCAGGCUUCAGAUGUCCAACACUUUCUACGAGGCGGCCGGUCAGAACUGGUUCACACUGGACAGCGUUCACAUCCACUACAACUGGACCCAGGAGGCCACGUUCAACGCCAGCGAGGUCUACGCCCCGGCCACCUCGUCCUACCAUUGCCAGCACGUCAGCAGCCUGCACAAAUACGACACCCUGCUAGUGCCCAGCUCCCACACCGACACGUCCGCCAACUGGCACAUCACCUUCACCGACUUCCAGAUCCAGGCCUUCAACGUGCAGUCGGACAAGUUCGCGUCGGCCAGCGACUGCGCCACCUUCCUGACGCCCGCCAUCCUGAUGGGCUUGGUGACGUCGCUGAUCCUGCUGCUGGUCCUGGCGUACGCCCUGCACAUGGUGGUCCACCUCAAACACAUCGACCGCUACGAAGAGCACAAAGCCACCGUAUACUUCCCCAGAAGCCCGGAGGCCGAGCUGCCGGACAAGAACAGCCUGUGAAGGAGGCCCAAGGCCUGAAGGACAACAGGGGAAGCGAGGUAGAAGGAAGCUGAGAAGCAAGGCUGAGUGGAGCGCACGUGAAAACAAGAGUGAAAAAGUAUCCUCCACAGAAUAUUUGUUCAAACAAAAUGACAACAUUGCCUGUUCAUAUGAAAACCUUCUAAGUCUUAACUACUUUAAGUAAAUGCAGACCGUGGUUGGAUACUUUUUCUUCUUUCCUCAUCGACCUGCAUCUUAGCAACCCGUAUUUCGAGUAAGGCCUUUGGAUGUUCCAGCCUCUCCUUGAGAGAUGGUCUAUUAUCCUAGUGUCAGAGGUCAAGGACAGCCCCCGGGGGCCUUGAAGGGUGACAGCAUACACAGGCCUUUACCCCAGCCAGCCAUUAAAACCGCAGCAGGCUAGCGACUGUAGCUAAUACAGCUAACAUCAGAUGCUCCUGAUUCAAUGUAUGUAUUACACGGCUCAGUGUCAUUUUACAAGCUUCCAACAUGCACAUUGUCUUUUCAGCUUUCAUUGCGAUGUACUUUGUCUAAUACUGCUGCAAGAAAUAUAUACUUUAAACAGCUGGUUUUCUAGCUGAAAUAGCCGUAUUAGCUGCAUGUGAUAGGCUGAUCUGUCCGGGCUAGCACAGUGUUUCCUAAUGACAAGGAUUGGAGAGAAUCUUGCAUGAGUUGCAGCUUAAAAUAAUCAAAAGCGGAACACAGAGGAAGGAGCUUGAAAAGCUUUCGAGUUGUAAACAGAGGGAACACUUGGGAUCCACUGGUCUAGCAUCUGGCUGGAGUGAAUGGACCAGCACAACUGACCCUUCAGAGCCUCUGGUGUCCCUCACCCACCCCUGAGCAAGACUGCUGCUUGGGACUUAACUGUGAAACGGCCUUUUACAGACCAGCCAGACGAAGGGGGUUCUACUGUACAAACUAGCACAACACUUGUUAGCGGCGCGAGCGCUAACAGCGGACUAUCAAAGACUACACAAGGAACUAUGCUGCACAACGUGGCUCGUCCGUGGGCGCGGCAGGCGAGUGGGACUCCCUGAGAGUCGAGCGUUUGGGCACGGGAGGCCACGGGCUCUCUGUCCACCUCUGGAUUUGACUGCCAAAGCGAAGCUGCAAAGGAGAUGCCAUGAGACGUGGCGAAAGACAGAGCGAGACGAUGUGGAGAUGAAUUUCGAAAGCUAACCAUUACAGCUAUGUACAAAACAAAACAAAACUACAUACAUGUACAGAAAUGUCAAUCUGCAGAGAUCUUUUUUUAUAUCCAGUGUAAUCAUGAAAUACUAUUAGGUCCAGGAUGACUAUGCUAAUCCUCAUAACCAAAAAGCUAUACCAAGUUUUAGUUACAUUAAGAUCUCUAUACGAUCGAUCAUAGCUGUCUACUAUCUUCAGAUAUUGCACAACUAAUAAACAUAGGUACAAGUAAGACAUUGUGCUAUGAGGAUUGGUGAAAGUAUCAAUGCAUAUGUUUUUUUCUACAAUUAUUACACUGUCUGUCUAUUUGUUUUAAGCUGGGUCAGACGAUGUAAUGUCCAGUUCCAUCUAACUGUAAAUUACAGUACGGUACAGAUUCCUACCAUAGGAGGACGAUACUACGGAAUGCCGUCCAAGCCACUGGGAUUUAUAGACGCCAUUAUUAUGCCAGAAGCCACACUAGCAGCAGCAACAGCAUCAGUAAGUCAUUACUACUGAUAAAAAAAAUUCUCAGCAUGACAGUAAAUAGAUAUCUUAACAUUUGAUAUGGCAGUUCUGUCAAUCUGUAGCAGUGUGAAAUGUGUUCUUUGGUCAUAAAUGUAUCCUACAAACUAAGAAAUGAGUGGAGACGGUUUGUCCAAGGACCAACUGAUGUAGAUUGAACAAUAAAUGAUACUGAGGAAAAGA